AUGUUUGAAUAUUAUGCAAUAGGAAAAGAAUCGAAUAAAAUUCAUGAUAUACAUAAGUAUCUUUUGGCUCUUUGCAAUAAAAAAAUGGUUGAAAAACUCGCAAAAACCUAAAAUAAAUAGUAAAGAGUUAGUACUUCUAAUGAAUAAAAAAUAAGACCUUCAAUUAGUUAUCGUCCUAAAGAAAAAUGUAGAGUGUCAUAAUAUUGUAGAUCCAACUUUAAUAGGAGCUCAAUAUAAAUAUUUUAAAGCCCAACCAAAAAGGAAACAAAUUUAUUUAAGCACACUUUAAAAGGAUCAAUCUGAAUCAACUCCGAGAUUGAAAGCUAAUUCUAUUAUUUAAGAAUAAAAAAUUGAAAAUUAAAUGAAUUCUGCUCGAGCCAUUCAGACAGCAUAUUAGCAAAAUGAAAGAGAUGUAUCGAGUUAAAAAGCAGAGAAAUCUCCUAAAAACUACUACUUACCUAAAUGUGAUAGUAAUUGGAUAAUUCAUUUAAAAAAUAUCAGGUCAAGAUAAGAAUAAUUAUGA